AUGACCGUUGUAGACAAAGCUAUAAACACAGAAUAUUUUCGAUCUACUAUUGAUUGUCGUUGUUGUUUCGGAUUAACAGUGAAAGACUUUCUUAUAUUCAUCAGUCAACUUCUUCUUCCCCUCGUAAUAGGCAUAUUCACCGUGGUCAUUACACUCGAUCAACGAAAUGAAAAUCGUAUUCAACGUUAUGAAGAUCGACGUCUAGCUGAACAACAACGACAACAAGACUUGAAUAUAUCUCGUCAACAGCGUCUUGAAGAUCGUGAAUUGGCCAAAGAUCAGCGUGAACAAGAUUUGAAUAUUUCACGAGAGCAGCGAGAAGUUGACAAAUUGAUAGCUGAACAACAACGUCUUCAUGAUAAACAGCUGGCAGCAGAGAAACGUGAAGCUGAUGAUCUCAAUGCUGCGAUUCAACGAAAUAUGACACGCGAUCAACGAAUUUAUGAAAUUAAUGUCGAACAAGAUAGAUAUCAGAAAGAGAAUGAGAAAUAUCUUGAUGCUCUAUUAAUGUCUUAUUAUAAUGAGAUGGGUGAAUUAUUGCAAAAAACAAAUGAGAAAUCAUUAUCAUCGAAUUCGAUUAUUUUCUCAUUGGCUCGAGCCAAAACACUGAAUGUCAUCGAACAAAUUGGACCAAUUCGAACAGUUCAUCUUCUUAUGUUUCUGUAUGAUGCUGGUCAAUUAUCCGUUGGUGAAAAUUCACUAGAUUUGACUGAAGCUAAUCUCAACGGUAUUGAUUUACGAAAUCAAAGGGGUCUCAUUAAUAUCUCGUUAAAAGGUGCUCAUCUCAAUAAUGCUUCAUUUGUUGGUCAAAAUCUUUCAUAUGGAAAUUUCAGAAAUGCCCACCUUAAUCAUGCUAAUUUUAGUGGAUCAAUUUGUAUUGGUACGAUAUUUGAUGGAGCACGUUUAAUUAAAGCUGAUUUUUCUCAUACUGACAUAAGAAAUGCUUCGUUCAUUCAAGUAGAUUUACGACAAGCAACAUUUUAUAAAACAAUCGGUAAAAAUUCUCAUUUCAAAUAUGCUCGAAUGCAACAAACAAAUUUUUCUGAUGCUCAUUUUGAUUUUAUUCCAUUCAAUACACGAGGAUUCAUUGAGUCAAAUUUGGCCGCAAGUGAUUUUCGUCGCGCUCAUUUAGAACAAUCUCAACUUGUUUUUUGUAAUAUGACACAAAUUGAUUUUUCUGAUGCCAAUCUUCGUCGAGCUAAUCUAACAGCAAGCUUAAUGCCGUAUGCUUCAUUUGACAAUACUGAUCUUGGAGGUGCAACCUUAUGGGCAACUAAUUUGUCUUAUGCUAAUUUGUCGAACAUUCAGUGUUCGGGUACUGUUGGAAAUAUCUCGGCAUGUUACUUACGGCAAUCUCUAACACUUGAAAAUGCUCAGAUGCCAAAUCGAUCAUUUGGACUACCGUCUACAACUCUUCUUUACGGUGAAGGUCAACCACGUUGCCUGUCAUCUGUUCUAGGAAAAUUCAAUGCGUGUGUUUUCAUGCCUAUAAAUGUUACUAAUCAAGUUGAAAUGAAUCAACAUGUAGAUUUAACACCUUAUUAUGAGCUUGUACACGGCAGACGAGCCAAAGCAACAAUUAUCUGUCUCGUUGGCUAUGAUACACGUGUGAUUGUUACUCAAUAUGAUGAAAAUAAGGAGAAAUUGGUUUCUAGUGAGUCGAUCCAAUUUCGAUGGUCAGAAUUGCUCAAACCAGCAGCGGCAAGUUUGAAACUUUCCAUACAAUUUACGAAUCCACUCAACUAUGAUCAUUCAUGGUGCCAACAUGUUGAACUUCAUGUCGAACCCGAUUUUAAGACACCCGAUACUCAUCUUCUACAUCCAUGGGAAACUAAUUAA